AUGGAUUCUUCACUAUUAUCUUUUAUCUCAGAUAUCCAAUUACAAUUAAAAAACAAACAACGAAGUGAUGCAAUCCUUAGAACAUUAUGCUUAUAUGCUGAGAAAAAAAUACCAAGAUCCACUUGUUUAACAAUAGUUUUUUCAUUAUUACGAUCUCAUGCUGCUUUAACUCAAAAAUUUGCUGCCAUCGUCGAAGAAAUACCACCACCAUUAUCCCGUUCUGGUUGUUUAACUGAUGAUCCAUAUUUAAUCACAGCAAUUGAAUACGAAUUAUGGCCAAAUGCAUUGAAGCAAUUUCUACUAAGAAUUCGUGAUGUAAUGCUUCGUCGUGGCAACUUAUUAGACGCAUUUGUCUUUUUAGAACAUGUAAAACCUACAUCAGGUCCAUUUUGGCUUUUAUGGGAACUAUUCAAGCCAAUUUCACAGACAAACCACUUUAUGCAACUCAUCUACGAUGGCUGUGUCAAACUUUCAUACAUUCCUCCAUAUUUGAAAACUGAUAUUCCACCUUCUCAAGCAGAUUUAAACCCAUCCGCUAUUACACAUCAAAAAAUUGUCGAUUCUGAAGUCGUUUGUACAUAUCCAAGUGACAUUUGGCAGCCAUUUAACCCAAUCGGACGAAAAAAGAUCGGAUCAUACGGAUUACUACCUCCAGAGAAGGUUGAUUGCACCUGCAGUGGUCGUAGAGUCAGCGAAUACUGCGCUUGCAAUGAUCGCUGGGCCAUUUCCGCCGCUGGAUUAGAUUGCAAUUUCAAAUUUGUCCAAAAGAACCAAUACGAAGACCGCAUCUACGACAAUGAAGACGAGCGUGUCCAAAUGGAUGUAGCAAUCACCAGAAUGAGGUCAUCAAUUCUUAGAUUAACCUCAUUAAAAACCGCAAUUUUAGAUCCACGCAUUAAAAUCGAUACAUCAUCAUUUCCACAGUGCAACCUUACUCCUCUUGACUUCCUCACCCUUGAAGACAUCUACGGCCCUACGAAUCUCGAUUCCGUUCUCUUCGCGAUGACGCAAAAUCCCGUGAAAAUGCUGGAUACAGUCAUCGAAAGAACUUCCGAGAAAAUGAACGAUUUGAGUGAAUUUCGGAGACAAAAAGAGCCAGAAUACCAUGAAUUCAACAAGCGGAACAUCAAGAAAUCCCUUGAUAAGAAGAACGAGCCAGUGAAUCAGACACAUCAAACUAAUGUUUCCGUGAAAGAAGAAGAUCCUUUCGAAACAUUGAAAGAAGGGAAAGAAAGGACAUUUUCUUUUGAUCUCGAGCACGUAACAGUUGUCAACGAGAUUAUUAACAGAUGCUGCAGGUUCUCCAUGCAACACAUGCAAGCAGAUGUUGCUCCGACAUUGAUUUCGAGAUUUUUAAUGGUUUUUCUCGGUUUCCAAGAAAAAUCGAAUUCUAAUACUGUUUUUAGUCUUAUUCCGACAUCUUGUGAUGGUGAUGACUUGGAAACACAUUACAUGACAAUACCUCUUUAUAAGAUGUUGUUUUAUUACUGGCAACUCACUGAAACUGUUUCAUUUAUUUUAAGGGAAUCAUUUUUAAUAACGAACAAUUCCAGUUCAGAAAAUUCUGAAGAAAUAAAAAACAUCAUCAAACCACAAGGAAUUAAAGUUGCUGCAAUGCUUGGCUAUAUAUCAAACAAUAACAUUGCUAAUGUUAAUUCUUCCGUUGUCAAGGAAACAUUGAUAGAAUUGAUCCCUAACUAUUAUUCCAAUCAAAAACACGUCAAUUCUCUUGAAUCCAAUUUUGAAAUUCCUUCGCAAAGUCCUCUGCCAAAUUUGGAUUCAAUAAGAAAGUGUUUGAUGAGUUUCAUGAAAGCCGCACAGUCAGUGGCAAUGAAUACUCCUUCGCUGGAAAUUGUUGAGGCAACACAAGUCUCUGAUAAAAUUGUUUACAGAGCAAUGUGUUUGGCAGCGGUUUCUGGUUUAGGUCAUUUCAGAUGUAAAUUGAAUUCUGAUGAUGAAAAAGUGACAGUGACGAUAAAGGGAUAUUUACCGAAAUGUCUUAAACAGAGCAAGACAGUGAGAGUGUACGUGAAGAAUAAGAACUGCGUCCAGAAGAUAGACAGAAAUGAUAUAAACGCACACCAAGAAACGUUUAAGAAUUUGGUAAUUCAAAAAAGAGGAAAAAUGAAAGUCAGAAACGUUUUGAACGAAUUGUGCUUCAGAAUGGACUACGAUGGUUUGCAGUUCAAAAACUCUGGUGCUGACUUCAUUAGACCUGAACAGAAAUAA